AAGAGUAAUUAUCCUAAGUUCAUAUUCCAUAUGUAGCUUGAUUUGGACGAACCCUAGUUUCCAUUUCAAAUUUGGGAAAUUUUUCCUUUUGAUUCUCAUCCUUUCCCGCUGUGACAUACUUCACAUCUUCACAAACCUCCCGCCAUUCGUUUCAAUUUUAGUUGGGUACCCAGUUCUCUCCAUCACUCAGCGUGAAGAAAUUCUAGUGCACGAUUUGAUUUUUUUUUUUUUUUUGCAAACUAGAGAUAUGAUGAAAGGAAGAAAUUCUGGGAAUUUUUCGAAUCCAUGUUUGACAAUGCAUCAGCCAUGGGCUUCUUUGCUUGUCUACGGAAUCAAACGCAUCGAGGGCAGGUCUUGGCCUGCACCGCUUAGAGGCCGUCUUUGGAUUCAUGCUGCGAGUAAGGUUCCUGAGGAUUCUACAAUCAAAGCAAUGGAGGAUUUCUAUAGAGAACUUUAUGCUUUGGAUGGAAUUACUGAUCUUAAGUUUCCAGAACAUUAUCCUGUUUCAAGGCUUUUAGGGUGUGUUGAAGUCGUUGGCUGUGUUCGUGGUGAAGAACUGAAAAACUGGGAUAAAGUACCUGAAGGGGUUAGAGUAGAAGCUCAAACUGAUUUCUGCUGGCUCUGUGAACAACCACAGAAAUUGCUGAUUCCAUUUGAGAUGCGCGGUUUCCAGGGUGUUUAUAACUUAGAAAAGAGGAUAUUUGAAGCAGCAGUUAGAGGUCUCACCCGUGUUAAAUGCCCACUGCCUGUAAAGUUUCAACUUCCAGAUCCUAGAGAUCCCUUCUCCUUGAAGCCAGGAUCUGUAUCUUCAUGUUCUCCCGAGACUAAAGGAUCUGGAUCUGAAGUGGAUAAGUCAUCUAAACUCAAUGCUGCGAUAGCUGGUGCUCGAGCAGCCGCUACUCAGUUUACGAGAAAGUACCAGGACCCCCAGACUUCGUCUGAUUUUGGAAUGGGAAGUAAAUCCAGAACUGAAUUCUUGGGAGGAGAUCAAUUUCAAUCUUCCAACUUCCGUCAAGACAAUGUUUCACGAGGAAAUUUCGAAGUUGGAAUGGGAAGUAAAUCCAGAACUGAAUUCUUGGGAGGAGAUCAAUUUCAAUCUUCCAACUUCCGUCAAGACAAUGUUUCACGAGGAAAUAUCGAAGUUGGAAUGGGAAGUAAAUCCAGAACUGAAUUCUUGGGAAGAGAUCAAUUUCAAUCUUCCCACUUCCGUCAAGACAAGGUUUCACGAGGAAAUAUCCAAGAACAAACUAGUGGCUACCAUGUUCGAUCUCAGGGACUUUUUGCACAACGACAGCAGCAAAGUAGAGCUCCUUCCAAGAUAUUUGCCGCUGCUGUGAGAGAUCUGAAACCGACAUGAAUGUUGACCAAUUCAAUUGCUGAGAGGAUUUGUACAUAGAGAAGCAGCUGUAACUGGUGUUUUGUUGGUUAUGGUUUAAGUUAUAAAUAGAGGGUUUGGGUUGAGAGGAAAGUGAAGUAUUUUGUGGAAUUCCCAUGGUAGGAAAUUUGGUAGAGUCUAGCCCUUUUGAAAAGCUAGGAGUUACCUUGUUAAUUGUAUAAGCUUAUCCGUUUAUUGGUGCUUUUAUUAUCAUAUAUGUAUAUAUUUUUAUCAAAAGAAACCCUUGUGCAGUUGAAUUUUUUGAGAAUACACUCUCAAAAGCUAGAUUUUACUUGAGAAAUAUGUGAUUCAAUCUACAUUAAAUAGUCUAUGGAGGGUUUGUUUAAGUUACAUUUGGAUUAUUUAAAUCAGCAAAGACUUGGUCGUUUGUUCUCAUGAAA